UAUCAUAACUUCAUAGCUUUUGUGUGAUUUCCAACCUUUGAUAACAUUUUUCUGCUGCUCGUCCGGGUAACAGGACCUGACCAAAUCCCCCAGCUCUUGUCCCAGUUGGACAUAACCAACAUAGCCGAACUCGCCAAUGAGGCAUCACACGAUCAGAUGCCUGAACUUCUCAUGGCUCCUUUAAAUGUAAAGAAGUAGAAACCCCUAGUCCCUCCCAGAUGGCUGAUUUCCUAAAGCUUCUGCAUGCGCUCCAAACAGAAGAACAAGCAUAGCAAGAUUAUCUACUCAGUCGUGGGGUUUCCAGCUGUCUGUCUGCAGUGGAGUAUAGCUCUACCAGAGGAAGUUCGCCUCUGCUGCUUGCAUUGACUCAUUCCUUCUUUCUUGCUACCCAGAAAUCAUUGGUAGCUCAAAUCGAAUCACCACAACAGACCAGAGCAGCGUCCACAUGACUACAGACACUGCUCGAUUACUUCCUCACUAAUGAACAACAUCUCAUGGAACUUAAACUCCUCGACUUGGGGCAGCACCUACUCCUCGACUUAGAUGUGCCACUUCCUAUUAAAGCCACGUUACACUCCACUGCAAACUGCCCCACAGUUCACUGGAGGUCAACGCAUGAUAAACCCAGCACAGCAGCAGAGAGGUCCUCCACAUCUCUGCUGUUGGCUGUGCCUAACAAAAACAGAAGAUUUGGUGACAAAUGGCGCCCUUGAUGGAGUUCAACACCCACCGAUAAUGAGACUUAUCUGACAGGGUGGUGGUCCGAGCUCUCACUGUACAAGAACCCACAAAACAGUUUCCUCAUGUUUCACUUUUCCCAGAAUAUUUGAAUCUCUCUGCCAAGCUCCUGUAGACUCUGAGCGUUUACUGCACUUUGUAAAUUACUCUCAUAAAUUUUCAGAUGAACAACAACGCUUUGCAUUACGUCAUGUCAUCAUUGGUUUAUUUGGUUCUGUAUAUAAGGACUUGUUUAUUCACAUACAAGAAUGUCACUGAAGAUUUCCAUAUGAUCACAAUGAAAUCUGUGUGUGUGUGAUGUGUUCAGGGUUCUGGCUGCUGUGGACCGUCCUCAUCCUGUUCAGCUGCUGCUGUGCGUACCGACACCGUCGAGCCAAACUCAGAGUCCAGCAGCAGCAGAGACAGAGAGAGAUCAGCCUGCUGGCCUACCAUGGAGCCAACUCCUACCCCUCCUCUAUGCUGGACCUCAGUUUCUUGGCAUCCCUGAAGUUGCCUUCCUAUGAGGAGGUGGCAGCUCAGCCCUCGACUCCUCCUCCUCCUUACAGCUCCGUCUUCACCACCCCUCGAUACCCUCAACCUCCACGCACCGCCGACCCCCAUCUGCUCACACAACACGGUCCCUUGCUGCACCGGCCGCACAGCGAUGGGCCGUCCUCCCUCAGCUCAGACAACAGCUCCAGCUGUUCCUGUGAUUCCUGCUGCCCCUCUUCUCCAUGUAGCUCCUCCCUGUCGGCACCCAUUACAUAUGAGACUGACACUAGCCAUGCCUCCACACCCAGUGAAGCCACGCCUCUCACCCUUGAUGUCACCAUGGAGACCAUCUCUGCAGCUGCAGCCUACUUGAAUUCAAACGAGACGCAGGUUGCUUCUGAGAGGAUGGUCCUUGACGUUGCUGACGUAAGCGGUGCUGGAGCUCAUACAGCAGUUGCCACAAACUCAUCGGUUUCCAACCAGACUGUUACUGUGGCGGUUGUUACCAGGGCAGCCUCCCCUCAGCCUCCACCCUCACCUGGUUUUCAGCUCACCCUUCCAGUCGGGACUACAUCUCCCAUAAAGCAGCAGCUUGACAUAGCACCAUGUACCCCAAUAGUCAGCACCUGUAGCUCAAGUACACUCCCUAGUCCAAAUGUUGUUGACACAGCACUCCCCUCCAUCCAAAUAAUACAUAGCCCAGCAAUGGACACCAAUACUGUCCAAAAUGAUACCCCAAAGAUUCCCUUAAUGUCAAGGCCUCCUACCCCAACUGCUUCUGACUCUUCUAUAACCAUAAAAUCACUGGAAACACUAAAUUUAACAAGGACUUUUGAUACAGUCAGUUCUCCUAAUAGCCCAGCCUCAGUUCCAUCCCCAGAUGCUGGAAGAACUUUGUCUCCAAUAGCAGGCUCUGUUUCUGGUUGCCUAACUCCUGACCCAAAUCUUGUACCAAUUCCAUCACCUACAAAGCUUACCCAGUCUCCAGUCCAAGAACCUACAAAGCUUACCCAGUCUCUAGUCCAAGAACAUACAAAGUUUACACAAGGUCAGGAACCACAAUCGCUAUUUCUAAAGCUUACACAACCUCCAGAUUUGGUAACUUCAGAUCAUAUCCUGCUUCCAAAUCCACAGCCUAAAGCUGGGGUAGUUGCAGAUUCACCAGUUAAUAGCCUUCUGUCUCCAAGGCAUGCAAAUCUUGCCCUAGUCACAGAUGCAGCACCAACUUUACCCAUCCUAACUCAGUGCCAGAACCUAGAACUAUCACCUGGAUCAGGUUUAGUCGAGGGUCAUCCCAGCCCUGGGUCACAUUUAUCCCUGCAUUUAGGGUCUAUUGCUGUUUCAACAUCUUGCCUGGAUUCAACUGCAGAAACAGAUCAUUCAGGUCAUUCUCUGGUCCCGCCUCGAUUGUCUGAGUUUGACCAUAUUCCUCCAUUGCCUUCAAAUGCCCAGACGUGUUUUAGUUCUGGUUCUUGUUCUGGAUCUGAAUUGCGCCCUGGUGCUUGUUCUGAGUCUGAGCCUCUGUCCACCCCUACACCACUUCUCACUUUCUCAGAACAAGUGUCCACUGCGUCCCCCUGCCCAGCCAUAACCAUAGAGUCUGAAUCUUCUUAUGCUACUUGUCAGUCACCCCUUGCGACUCUCUCCCCAUCCUCACCCCCAUCCCUUUCUACUUCUCCUCCUCCUCCCCUAACUCUUCAAGCCCUUUCUUCCACCUCCCUUUCUUCUCCAGCCUUACUUCUGGACCCCCUUACUGCUUUGCACCAGUCUGACAAAGGUGGAUCUUCCUCUGGCCACGCAUCCUCCCUCUCACCAUCACCUCGUGCUACUCAGUCUCCACCAAAACAGACUCUGUUUUCCCCCUGCGUGGAUGUCUUUGAGCCAGGACCACCCAGUUGGGAGAAUGAGGACGAGGACCAGGAGGAGAAGGACAAUGACGAAGACGAAGAUGAGGACAUGGGAGCUGAUGAGAGCCAGUAUAGACACCGGCGACUCACAGGUGACUCUGGGAUCGAGGUGUGCAGGUGUCGUGUAGAGGAGGAGGAUGAAGAGGAGGAGGAGGAGGAGGAAGGUGGCAGGAGAGGAAAUGGAGGGGAGAGAGAUAAAAGAAAUAGUGACUCUGAUCUCCAUGACAGUGUGGACUGCCCUGCAAGGGGUCAGGUGACCACAGAGGAAGGACUUACACUGUGUACUCCGACCGCCACCACAACACCAACAUCUGAGGACAGCGGCGAAGUCGUCAUUGUCAUGGAGACAGUGUGACUGACAUAAGUAGGGUCAUUCGCCAUCCAGACAGGGGUUCCAGACAACAAGAACUGAUCGAUAGUGUUUACCCUUAAAUCUUUCUGUAACUGGAAAGGCUUUAGUUAAAUGUGAUUUUGACUGAGGAUAAAAUAGGUUCCGUUAAUAGGCAUGCACAAUUUUUAGAUGGCUGACUUGAGAGUUUCUUAAAAUGAGUUGGAAUCAUAAAGAGUCCUUGUGCCAACUUUUGACAUAUCCAGGUACAAGAGCGGUUUUCACUCAAAUUCCAUGCAAUGUUGGAAAAGUUUUAGGACUACCACACUGCAGAGCUGUUGUCAGCUAGGUGGGCCCCAUCUCCCUAAUUUUAUCUCAUUUAGAUGGUUCUGCAAAAGCAGCCUCUAAAAUUUCUACCCAUCCAUUAUUACUUCAUUUUGGACAGUUGCCAAUUUAUGAAGAAAAUCUAUAUCUCUAACAAAGAUUAUGGAGCAUUAUCUGAAGCACCCAAUCGUAAAGGAUCUGCACAUCCAUUAAGUGGCGUUCACAGUUACAGGAAAGUCUUUGUAAGGUGGGAACUAAACCCUAAAAUCUAAUUUGUGGUAUUGAACGAUAGGUUUUUUUAGCUUUUGAAAGUUGUUCUUCUGAGCUUUGGCAUCCAGGGCAAAAGAAAAACUGACACAAAAUUUUAAACUAGCAAAAAUAUAGUUUUCUUUAUUCAAAACAUUAGGGUUACAGUUAGAGUUAACCUUAACUCUGACUGUAGGAUCGUCUUGAGGUUGACGUUUUCAGUUCCAACGUGAUUUUAACUCAUGUACAUUGGAGGCUUUCACAACAGAUGGAGUAAUUAGUUAGCCAGCAACAAAAAUUAUAAACACAAAGUAAUUGAUGACAUUAUUAGUUUCCAUUAAACAAAUAACCAUCUCAGUCAUGGUUUGGUUGUGACAGCAGAUGGACAUGCCAUUAAAUAUCUACAAAACAUAUUCUGCAUGCAGUCAUCAAACACUUGAUGAUAAUUGCUAAAACUUUUGGUUUCCACUUCAAGUUCAGGUUCUUUUUCUAACCAUGUUUGCACAGCAAGUUGCAUGAAGGCAAACAGUCAGGGAUUGGAUUUGUGUAAUUUUACUUGCAAAACCACAAAAUCAUUAGCUUUUAGGCUUUUGUUAGCCUAAGUUUUGGUGUAUUUGUAGACCAAUGAGUCAUGGGCAGAAGUAGUCUUGAUACAGACUUUUGUUGGCUACACCAGAAACCUUAAAAAGUGGUUGUUUCCCCCAAAUUCAGCAGACUAGCAGAUUAAUGCUGUUUUAGUGAUGCAGAGGAUUUAAAUGCUCAGAGAGGAACUCAGCCGAUUCGAUGACUGUCACAAUUCGUCAUUAAUACUGAAUUAAGACUGCACAGAUUGUCGCUGUAGAUUGCAUCACACCCCUCACAGAAAUUAUGUUGUCCACGGUUAAUAAAAAGAAAUAAGGAACUUUAAAUAGUUGGACAUGUAGCCAGAGAUGCCUCGCUCGUCUUGGGUGAUGACGUAGGUUUGGCAAUGUGCUGGGGACAAAUUGGCUGGUUUGGAAUUGAAGAGAGGCUGAUGUAGGCGGAUGAUUCACGCUGACUGACAGCAGGAAAGCUGAUUCAUUCAUUAAGGGGACGUUUUUGAUGAAGAAGUCUGUCAGAAGGGUAGAAUUAGGUGGGUCGCUUUUUUUAUUUUUCAUUUACUUUUUUCUGUUGAUGUUUUUUUUUUUUUCCUGCGAUCCCGAUUGUGUGUAGAAGAUUUUCGGGGUGGACAGGAUCGGCAGGCUUCCUGUGCGUCAGCCAUUCAACAGAGAAAAGCUCUUACAUAAAUAAACGCAAACAAUGGGAACGUUUAGAGAGAAACAAAGCGCCAAACACAGCAGAGACGAAACACGUCAUGGUUCCCGUCUUGCCUUCUUUGCCUCUUUCACUGAGUUUGAGGUCAGAUGAUACAAUACAUCUAAACAGUAGCAUCUUGCUUUACGCUUCAUGCACCUCUUAUUCAUAGACAACUCUCCUUUGUCCUGGUAAAAUGGUAAAAAUCAAGUAAAUGUAUUCCAAUCAACGUUUUGCCAGUAAGUCAAGAUAUUUUAAGGCCUUAGAAAUGAUGCCCCACAAUCUGGCUAGAACUGUGAUUUAUUUAUUUUGGCAGCGGUUGGUACCGAUUAAUGUUUCGUACACUCUUCACAUAAUAAACAUGUCAAUAUUGAUAUUUUGUGACAAAAAGACUUGAAGGUAGAGUAUAUUUUGUCAGUGACACAGAAUAAUGUUUGUAUAGUAAUGGCUAAUGUGUUUAAAGUCACCUUAGAGUGUGAAAUUAGUGAAAAGCAAUAUUUUUCAGCAAGAGUCUGUGUGUAAAUAGCCAGAGAGAGAGCUGCAGAAUAACCACCUCUGAAAGGCUUCAUAGUAAGAAUGCAUCAUCAUUGAUUGUAAAAUCUGUAAGGUUUGGAUUUCUACUGUGGUUCAAGCAAAUUCUGCCUACCUUUGUCUGUGUUUUCUUUUCUUUUUCACCUGACAGCAGUAGAAUAAUUGUGCAGUUUUAAGGACACAAGUAAUUUCCAACGCGCUUGAUGGAAGUGCGCCAUCACACAUUUGUGAGACUCUGUGUGUCGGUGUAUAACAUCAAGUCGAAUGCAUACAAUUCAAAAAUGUAUACUGUCACUUUGUUAUCUUGUGUUGUAGCAUUGUAGCGCAUGGAUUCUUAAAACUGAACUGGUUGGAGCACAAAGGGUGAGAUGCCUUCAUAUCUGCUCCCACAAAGUGCACUUGUUUUUGCAGCCUGUUAAUGUUAGCUGCGUUUGAAAGUUUUCACAGACGUGCGUUAAAUUUGCAGUGUGUUGGAAAGUGUGUUGACUCCAAUAAGAGAAAUAGUGCACAGUGGUGUUAUUGGAUCGUACUGGCAGGUGAAUGCUUAAACCAGAACUCUUAAAGGUUGGAAAGUUUAACUGUUGCCUAAAAAAAGCAAAGACAUGAAAAUGGUCAGGUCCCCAUGGUGCAGGGUUCACCUGGUGAUAUGUUAACUCAACCUUGUCAAAUGGACAGACACUGAGUCUCCUGGACUGAUCCUUAAAUCCUGUGUCCAUGCUGCAUUACAACAUGUACUUCACGUACUUCAUGUACAACUUUCUUGGCAGAGGUGUCCAUACGGAUACCUCUCACAAUAUACGACGCUGUCAUGGACAGAAGCAGUGUCCCACCAUACAAAGGACAUGACGAAGCAGACUGUUUUGGUAGCCAACGUACAAAAGACUGGAUUAAUACUUGGAUCAGUGUGCAUAUAUUUGGUUUUGAACCUGGACUUAUGUGAGUCUGAACGGAUUCAUCUUAUGGAUUGAGAUCAAAGAGUUUGCCGUGGCUGAUGGACCUCCAGAAAGUUCAAGGAUGACAACAAGCCGUUGAUGUUGUGGUAAAUGUUGUUACUGGUGGUGUUUGUUUUUUUGUUUUGUUUAUUAAUUUUGUUUUGUUUUGAAGUUUUUUGUAUACCUGAACUAAUAAGGUUAUAUAUCUCCAUGGUUAAUGAGUGCUAUUUCUACUUGACAACUGUUACUACUUAGCAUUAGCUAGAGCUGUUCUUGCUCUGUGUGUGUGUGUGUGUGUGCGUGUGUGUGUUUGUGUGGACUUUUGACCAGAAUGACUGGAGAAAUGUUGCCUGAAAUCUGUCUGCAAGCCCGGGUUCCCAAAGCUGUGGAGCUCUUUGAUCUGCCUUACAAUUCCUUAGUCACACAAGCCAAGAGACCACUUGGCGAACCUUGGCAAGGUCCGGUCAGUAUGUAAAAAUAUGUAUUCCCAACCAGAUGUCGAGUGUUUGCUGGAGGUAACUCAUUGAAAUCAAUGAGCAACAAACAGCAACAGAAAUCUCCUUGUGAUGUCUUUGAUUGUUAGCAGAUUGCAGCAGUUUCCUGUAGUUUAUACUGAAGAUGCAGACUUGUCUGCAAACAGUUGCAAACUACUCACUGGUGGUUCUGAAGGUCUGAAGAGUGCAACACAGGGCAACAUGGGGCUGAAAUAGAAACCAUUGAAACCAUCUUGUUUGAAAGGGCAUAACUUUUACUUUGGAGGGAAACAAUCUUAAUCGACUUUAUGUUGCACUUUUCAUUUUUGAAGUCACUCAGUGAUAAGUGUUUGCAGAUAAUUCUGCAUCACGCAACCACUGCAAUCUCCUAGCAACCAAAGCAAAGGCAAGAAGGUUUUAGACUCAACAUCAUCUCCAUCUUGUGACUUAUUUUACCAAGCAGCAUCAAGCAACCACCUGGCAACCGUUUGGGGAAUACACAUUUUUCCCUGGUAACUAGUGGUUACCAGAAGUCACUUGCCGUUGUUAAGCCGCUUGCAACCAGUUGGGAAAUGCUAAAUAUUUCCUUGCAACCAGGAGUUGCCAGUCAGUGUCAAAGAGUCUCUAGAGCUGUGUGAUUGUGACUUUAGAGCUGUGACAUGUUGACCAUCAAGAGUUUUUACUGAAGCUCUUGGGAGCCAACAUGGUAACUGUCUCCUUUGGCGUUUUGGGGAUAAAAUCUUCGACCCAUUGUACCCAGUCUCCUUGAAUGUGAGGCUAAUUUUAGAGCUGAAUAACUUUUGGAAACCCCAGUCUCUGUCUUUUUGUUAGAGUUAAACCGGGACUUAUCGUUUUCAUCAGAUGUUAACAAGUGUUCUCUUGCACUGAAGAGUUUUACAUUUACUAGCACGUUGACAGGUUUUGCAUCGACAGGUCACAUGUUUGCAGUGUCACAAUAUGUUAUUUUAAACUUUUAGCUCAAACAGAGUCAAAAAGUAUCCAUGUAAAAGCAUUUAUGUUCCUGUUUUUCUCUGACUCCAUACAUUUGAGGUAGUGUAACCAUUAAAGGGAACUGAUCACCUACCCAGCCCAUUGGCUAACCACUGAAAUGGUUUUCUUCUUAGACCAUUUUAUAAAAGUAUACCAUAGUUGCUGUAAUCUUACUCUGUGGUUCCUUAUCUUAAAGGCCAUGCCAUCUUUUUAUUUUAGCUCAUCUGGCCAAAGGAUCGUUGAACUUAGACCAUGUUGAGGCAUCUGCCUUCUCUUAAUAGUUCACAAGAAUCUCUGCUCUUCCUGAAGUAUUUGUGAAGUUUUAGUGGAACUUGCACAAAAUGAUCAACUAAUGUGUCUUCACCUAAACUGUACUUAAGGUCAAGAUCAAUUUGUUAUUUUCAAGUUAAUAAGCAGUGAAUUGUGAUGGAUUGUAAGCCAGAUGAGCUAUUGCGUCAUUGACAUUCUGGCUGAAGUCAGAAGAGACCAGGUUUAUUUAACUUCUGGAGAAAGACGCAUGCCUGUUUGAUGAUUACGUGAAGAUUGUGGGCGAAUGUCACAAGCUAAACUCUGUAUUCUCAUCAUAACUUCUCAUCAGAGUUGCUAAUGGGUGGGGGCUAUAAAUGGAAGUCCAUCCUGAGAUCCAGGAGCAGGAGCUAUUUGGAGGCAAUGAAUCAUGUUUUAAUUUUUGGGGUGACCGGUUCUCUUUAUGUAAAACUGCCUACAUUGAUGCUAACAAAAGACUAAAUUCGGAACUAAAGUCUGAUGACCAAAUGUUUGGUCAUGGUCAUGGUACAGUCAGUAUUUGGUCAUGCAGAGUCUGUACCCUGUUAUUAUUAUCUUACUCUGUGAAACAAACGCAGAUCUUAACAUGACUAGAGUCAGUUUAGAUUUGGAAUAACCAAAUUUCUCUCUUUUUGGCUCUUUGAUCAAUUUUCACUUUUUGGACGAUGCAACUGUAAGCAGCUUCACCUGUGGUGUAUAGCAAAAUUAUUUAUUUUUCUGAAAGUGUUGUUGUUCCUUCUAUUGUAGGGAUCCAUCCCUCUGUCCAAAGGAUGCUAUGCUCUUCUCGUAAUCUCUUCUGUCCUUCCUGUAUGCAUGAGGUUUGUCGGCGAUGUCGAAAGAAGCACCGAAGAGAUUAGUUGUUAAAACCCAUUAAUAUUACAAUGGCAACGGAGCUAAUUAGUAGUAAUACUAAAUUAAUAGCUAGUGUGUAUGUAUGAGUGUGUGUGUGUGUGAUCCAACUAAACCAGCCUGUUCUAAAAGUGUGUGAAAAUAUACUGAAUAAACUGUCAAAUCUAAAAAAAAAAA